UGUACACAACAUGGCCGAAAGACUUCGUCGAGAUCCCCUUCCUCCUCAGUGGUCAUUUGGGGUCAAAUCUGAUGGCAGAAUCUUCUUUAUUAAUGAAGAGACACGGACCACAACUUGGCUACACCCAUUGACAGGUAAAGCAAUGGCCACAGGACAUAGCGAUAGAGAUGAUCUGCCGCCAGGAUGGCAGGAGGGAAUAACGAGAGAAGGAGCAACCUACUACAUGAAUCAUCAUACUGGGGAUACCUCAUUCCAUCAUCCCAUCACUCACUAUGCUGAAGCUGAAGAAGAUUUUACACUCAUUGAGAGGGCUCCGAAUACACCCCCUUACCAACGCAGUCAACUAGCUCCCUUAGUGAUGUCUGAACCUACUGGGAACUCCUCCUAUGAUGAUCGUUCUUCCUACCCAACCUCUCCUUCCUCACCUAACACUCCAACAACACCCUCCUCAUCAGAACGUCCUAGCUUCAGAAAGAAAGUUGUUUCUAAAGGAUCCACUCCCUCCUUGAAACGACGGCGUGAUGCUGCUAUAACAAUGGAAGGAUGGUUGUAUAAACAAGAUAGUGGUGCCUUAAAGGUGUGGAGGAAAAGAUGGUGUGUUCUUGCUGACUUUGGUCUUUUCUUCUACAAAGGGUCGGACAAGUCCAAGAGUGAAACGGGUUCCAUUUUGAUUCCUAGCUACGUCGUUGGUCCGGUCGGACCUCAGGAUAAAAUUACCAGGAAAUUUGCUUUUAAGUGUGAACAUGAUAAUAUGAGAACCUACUACCUAGCUGCUGAGAAUCAGAGUGAUAUGAAUCAGUGGAUGAGAGCUUUAAAUCUUGCUGCCAAGUUGCAGCUUGAUGGGCAACAUGAAAGGCCUCGAUAUGAUGAGGAUGAUGCAGGCUUUAAAGAUUAUCAAUCUCGCGCACUCAACAAUUCAAAACGAGACGAGGACGACUGGUUAUUCCGAAGCCCAAAGGACUUGAACGACACAAUACCUGAUGAUUUUAAUGACGACAGAACACCACAACAACAGGCCAAUGGGUUUGAUCCUAAUGGUCGGUUACCAAGAGAACCAGAUGAGCUUGAGAGGAAACAUCCUAACAAUGAGGAGGAUUAUAACAACGCUCCAGAGGGUUACUGGGAGGCAAGAGAGCGUUUCAACCAAGGAGGAUGGCCGGAGGAGAUGAAGAAAGGACGAGAUGGAGAUUCUAAUCCCCCGGCUAUCUACGAUUAUCCCCCUGAUGAGGAUAUAGACGGAUACUCAUCUUUAGAAGAAGGAAAACAACAUCUUAAGGAUCGUUACUAUGACGAUGACCCUAGGUCAAAGUCUGAUAGUGAUGAUCAACAGAAAGAAGUCAUCAACCAACACCGACGUGACCAGAAUGAUAAUUACAAUAAGGGUAAUGCCCGUAAUGCCGGACAACCAGGUGAAGACAGACACGAUGGAUAUAACUCACUCUCUGAAAGUGAUCAAGAUCGACAGAUUGUGGCAGAGAAAGAAAUAGUAGUCAAUACCUCAGCUCCAGUUGAGAAUUCUGAGUAUGAGGAGAGACCAAGGAGUGCUCAGCCGAGACAGGGGUCAAGACCUACUGGUCAAGAUGAGAACAGAAGACAGGGACAAAAUAGACCCAGAACAAGAGAUUCAGAAUCAAGUCGAGCUUCCCAGGACAGACACAGUGAUAGACCCAGUGACAGACACGCUGACGGACAUGGUGACAGACCCAGUGAUAUGCAAAGUGGAGAUCAACGUCGUAGUUGGGAUCGUGAGAGUGGGUCAUUGUCCAGUGGAGGUAAAGCUCGAUCAAGGUCCAUGGGUCGAGAGCGGUCAGCUCCUCAUUCUCCUGGUCAGUAUCCGGACUCUUACAAAACACUUCCAAGACCGAGGUCCAAAUCCAGAGAGAGACGAGACACAGACAAUAGUCAAUCUGGGCGUCCUGGUGACCAUAGCAACAGAGGUAAUUAUGAUUCCUCUACUACCGACUCUUUACCGAGUCCCUUCGGCAAUCCAGUGAUGUCUCCAUGGGGUGACGGAAGAAGACCAGACCAACCUCAGAGAGGACAACGACCUCAAGAUUAUGAUUCAUGGUCUGAGUCAAAUAGAAGUCAAGAUCGAGAUGAUCGUAGACGUGAUGCCACUAGGUCCUUAGAUCGGAGCCAGAGGUCACCCUAUCCAUCAUCUAUGGAGAGCUCACCAAGAGGACCUCAUCAAGCAGCAACCUUACCUCCUGAUUAUCGCAAACCUAGAGGCCAAGACAGAUUGUCAACUCCAACAGGAUCUACUCAUGGAUCAGUGGAUGGGAGACAAUCUCAACCAAGAAGUGACCCAAGACGAAGUGACCCCAGAGGGGACCCGAGACAAAAUGGCCAAGGAGGUGACCCAAGAAGAAGUGACCCCAGAGGGGACCCUAGACGGAGUGACUCAAGACAAAGUAACCCAAGAAGUGACCCUAGACGAAGUGACCCCAGAGAUGACCCAAGAAGAAAUUACCCCAGAGGGGACCCCAGACACGGUGACCCAAGAGAUGAUCCCAGAAGAAGUGACUCUAGACGAAGUGACCCAAGACGGAGUGACCCAAGAGGUGACCCAAGAAGGAGUGUCCCAGGAGGUAACGGAAGAAGAGAUGUUAGAAGUGACCCAAGAAGAAGAAGUGACCCCCAGAGGAUUGAUCCUAAUAGAGUCGGUCCACAUGAUGAUAAGAGAGUUGAAGUUGAAUCAACUCAAGGAAGGCGUCCACCAGAGGCGCUACAUUUCAAGAUCCCCAAGAAUGGAAUUAUGGAACAAGAUGGCGUUACUCCGGAACAAAGGUCAAUUCUACAGAGUCCUCUAGUUCAGCCAAACCAUGACCUCUUGACCCCUGAGCAGAGGUCAGACCUUAAUAGUCCCAUGGUUUAUCAGAAGAACGAAACUGAAUGGCCAUCCAACGUACCAGAGUCAUACUACAAGGCAAAAGACAAACAAUCAGAAAGUGAGAGACAUACUCCAGUUCAGCGAAGCAUAGACCCUCAAUCUGACUACAUACCACAACCAGUAGAAGCCGUCAUACAACGCUCUACACCAACCAAUCCAACAUUCAACGCACCCUCUCCUAAUCCAAACCAACAGAGGGCCUCCCAUUAUGACCAUCCUCGUAGAUAUGCAUCACCAAUCACUGAGGAGGAAACCGGUGGUGGAGUCACGGAGGCAGAUAUGGCUCCAAGCCGACCCAAGAAUGGCAGACCGAAGAGUCGAUCAAACAGGAAUACCUUAGAAAAGAAUGAGUAUAAUGGAGGAGAUAUGUUAGCACCACUCACUGAGGGGAAUGGACCUAGUAAAGGGCCAAGAGAGCCUACAAGUCGUUUCCGUAAGUGGCAGAUGAAGACACAGCCUUAUAUUCUUCUGUCUACCGGUAUUCGUCUUCGUCUUAGCAUUGCUGCUGGAGAUCUCCUUGGCAAAUCGCAUGAAGAGCUGGUGUUGUUAUUGAUUCAGCUUCGUCGAGAUCAGUCCAACUUGGAACGAUGGUUAGAUAUGAUUGAUCAAGAAUUAGCUUUAUUGAUUGAUCCAACAACGCCACCUGGAAGCCCAAGCAAGAUCAGAGCAAGACAUGGUGAUUCUUUACAUCGUCGUUCCAAUCCAAACCUGAAUGAAGAGAGACAGUUUUAUGAAGAGUUGGAAAUAGAACAAGAGGAAGUUCAGCGAGAGCUUGAGAUCAGUGGUCCGUUGGUUCAUCUGGUGGAUAAUCUGGUCCGGAUGGGAAGUUUAUAUGGAGGGGAGAAUCAUAUGAUAGCAAGGGAAUUCUACAAGGACAAGGUACAGAAAGACUUGGAUCAUAUUCAACCUAAGAAGUUGAUUGAGUUCUCUCGACGUCUUGAAGAAGAGAAAUUAAACCGAGACUUGAAAGGAGAAUUACAACAAAUACAGACGGCUGAAGAUAAACUUCUAGAGAUUGUUUACUUCAUUCAAGAGAAGGAGAAGUUAAACCAUCUCUACAUUCUAGAUAAGAAGUUACAGGAGAUGUCUGCCCAUGUCUCAAUUCUUAAAGAAGACAAAGAUCGUCUUGAGACGUCUUUAGAACGUCUUGGCCGUCAGAUGGAUAAAUAUUGGGAUGAACCUGAAGCAGUCGCUGAGAUGGGAUAUGAACAACAUCGUCUGGAGAGAGAUCUGGUCAAAGUUCGCACUCAACUUGCAGUUGGAACGAAGGAACUGGAAGAAGUUGCUGCUGAGAAUGGAAAGAUGGAAUUGGAGGUGACUCUGCUGAGAUCAAAACUAGAAGGACGUCAUAAUCGUAGUCCCAAAAACCUGGAUGGAAUUAGCACUAAAGAGCGACUUCAGAUGGAGACUGAAGUUACGAGAGUUCAAUCCUUAAUGGAUAGUUUGGAUAAACAAAGACACCUGCUUGUUAAUCAGAUGCAGAAUCUCAAGUUUGGAUCACCUGAAGUGGUGUCCGAGAAGAUUCCUCGUCACAGACAUGAGCAUUCGCCUCGAACUCCCAAACAGUAUACAGUGACUGACCUAGACACUAUGAUGUCACAUGACAUCAACACAUCCUCUGCUACCCUGGCAACACCGGGUGAUAACAGCUCUAAACUAGCUCCACCAAUCCGUAGAAGGGGUGACAGUUUCAAUAAAGUCCAGCAAAUAAAGGAACAACAAGUUCAGCAAUCUCCUGUACUUGAAUCAGCCAUAUCAUCAACAAACCAAUCGACUUAUCAUGCUUCCCCUCAAAUACUCCACCCACAACCACGCUAUCAACAACCCCCUCCACAACAAAUGGAACUGUCUCCAAAUAGAGAUAAUCAGUACUACUCGAGACCUUCCACUGAGUCUCCAAGGGGUGAUCCAUUGUCUCAUGAUAGAGUGCGUAAUGGAUCAGCCCAACCACUUGGCAACCGAUCUGAUAAGAGAAACACAGUAGGAGGUCACGGGAAGCGACCCAAAAGCUCAAAAGACUCCAAAUAUCACACAAUCAGUCGUAGUGGUGAGGUCAUAGUGGGGUCACCGAUGCGUCGUAGUCGAUCUGUUCCUGAUCGUAAAGGAUUAACACCCGACAACGAUAACCAAAAACUCUCUGCAAUGGAUCGGCUCAUGCCAGGGUCACCCCGCAAGAACAGCAACAAUGAUUCCAAUCAUGGAGCAUUCUCGGACACCGAGGCAGAACCCGUCCUCAAACCUAAGAAAAAAAGCUUAAGAGUGAGCGAGGGAUCACAGCCCAAAACACGGAGCCCUUCCCUUCGCCAUAUCCGCUCUGCACGAUCCCAGACCUUGCCUGGCCGCUUCACUAACCAGUCACCACAAACUCUUCCAGUUCGACCUCGAUUGACCUCUGACCUGACUAACAGUGGUAACCGUGGCACUAACAGUAAACAACAACAGCAGCAGCGGGCUAGGAGGCAUACCUUCAGUGGGAACCCACUAGGCCCACAAACUGGACCAUUUAAGGGUGUACAAGAUGAUAUAGCUAUACAUGAAUUUGAGGCAGCUAUGACAGUAACUGAAAAUGAAUAUGAAGACUACGCUCGGACUGAACCAUCUCAACCAGUAACAUCGGAUGUAGUACGAGGUGAUUACAAAUCAGUAGAGGUGGAUGAAUCAACUGGAGGAGGAUUGUCGUACGAGGUUCUUGCCAAUGUACCUCUGACUUAUUAUCAGACCAAGAGGAAGUUACUCAGAGAGUGGUUCUUUGCGUCGUCUGAACCUUCACAACAACAGCUUGGUAUGCCAGCCAAGAUUUUAAUCCCAGAGCGUUACAUCUCAGAAGAAGAUGAAGAAGAAUUGACGUUAUCACCUGAAGAGAAAGAAAGACAAGAGAAACGAGUCGAUCGAAUUACUAAGAUGUUAUCAGCUCACAGACUGUCCGAUACUGAAGCACCCAAUGAUAGCGGCAAUCAGAGUUUACAAGAUUGGCGUCCAAGUGAAAUCUUGUCUGACUGGGAUCAGUCCCAAGGACAUCAUGAGUCAACUGAACUUAGGUCCAAACUUGAAGAAGAAAGACAAGCAAGAAAAGAGGUCCUGGCAAUGAGACGAGCUUUAGCACAAGAGGUCAAAGAACAAAGCAAGGUCAUGGCAGCUCGUAGCAUGAAGAUCAGUACUGGAACUCCUCCUCAACAAGUAUCACUAGCAAGAUGACAACCUCACCAUGACAACAUCACCAUGGCAACAUCAACAUGACAACAUCACCAUGACUUGAGACUAUAAGCUGUGGUUAGCGUCGAUUGUCUGCAACUGUCUAAGCUCGUAUGACUGCGGUGAUUCUUAUACUGGCUGAAAGUUUCUGAUUCAUCGAAGCUGACUCGACAGUUCAUGUCAUGGUAAGCGAAUUACCAUGCGUUACCAUGGAAAUAGAUUUAACAGAUAUUCAAUAUAAUAACAUGUAAUAGAGAUGAAGCUGGUAACCAUAGAGUGGAUACCAGCAUUCUUAGGAUGAUCAUACCUCUUAUGCCUGCACCGUUUGAAAAAAAUGAAGUAACUUUUUAUAUUAAGUUCCGUGUUGUGAGGUUUUUUUAUCAUCAAUUACAUUACUGAUGAAAUUUUAGUUUUAUAUCACAAGCUAUAUGAAGAUUUAAUGGUGUUCAUAGAAUAUUGAUACCUUCUUUCUUUUUUUUCUUUUUUAGAUGAAUUUACACUUUUGAUUUUUAACCUAUUAAUAACCUUUGCUAAUCUGAAAUUUAAUUUCUAUAAAAUUGUAUAGUUUGUUAUCACACUAAUAAUGUUUGCAUUAUUUUAAGUUUAAUGUAAUUUUUAGUUGUGUGCAUAUAAUCCUUUGUAAAGGAAGGUGUAUUUAGCAGAGUUUUAUUUUUACAUUUUUCAGAUGUAAAUUCUUAAUGUUUCAGAAGUUACAAAAGGCCAGAAAUUACAAAUACAGAAAUUGUUCACUUGUUGGGAAAUACUCAAACAACAAAAACACAUUGCUUCCAAAGACAAAUCCUCGGCCCAAAUCAAAUGCAAUCAAAUGUUUUAGGAGUCGUUUUAUUUUUGUGAAUUUUAAAUUGGUAACGAGGAUGCAGUUUGAAAGUGGCCGGCCAGGUUUGAUUAUUUUGGAGUCAGGUCGGUUAUUGACUCGACCUGAACUUUACAACAAAUUAUAACUUGCCUUUAAAUUGUUUGAUGCUUGCUGUGAAUAUUUAGUAAUGAACAGAAAUGCAAAUUAGCUGAGAUUUAGGUUAACCAACAUUUAUAAUUUAGUUUUUGUAUUUUUCUCUGUUGGUAAAAAGGAGAAAAUUAUUCACUGCAAAGUUUGUAUUCAGUUUAUUGAUAUCAGUCUGAUAGUCAGAAGUUUUAGAAAACAUGAGGCAAAUAAUUGCCCCAUCUCAAAAAGAUCCUUGAUUGAUUUUUUUUUUUUACAUAGGUUUCUUUUUGGAUUGUUUCAGUUUGAUUUUAAAGAUGUUGUUUGAGCUGAGUUUCAUUCAUUUCAGAAAUUUCACCAACUUGAGAAUAAGCUUCAAAUGAAUGGGUUUUUAUUGAGGUCUGUUAAGAUGUACCCAUAUUAUUUUACUUGAAAUAGUUAGUAAAAGCCUAGCUUUUAUGAAGGCAAAUAGGAAACUGCCAUCUUUAUUUUAAAACUUAAAAAUAACAAAAAUUUAAUUUGUUUUUGACCUUUCACAUUUGACACUGGACAGAUUUUGUAGCCACUGAUUGUAUAUAAGAUGUAAACACACUAGUUGCUUCCAUGCUUCCAUGCAAAUGUAUUUUGAUAAAUAGAGCAGAUGGAUUAAAAUGCUGUGGUUAUUUUAGAGAAAA